ACAGAUUUCCUCUAAUUUGCAAAAAUGCUACCAGGUAGGAUAAAUGUCUUCUCUGGGAAAACGAGGUCUUUUCAUCAGGCUCUGGAGAAGAUGGCAGAGGAGCAGUUGGUGAUCAAAGAGGAGUUGUUGCUGGGUGUCCCAAUGGAGAAAGUACUGAAUAAUGGCAGUAUCAGGGCUGGCAGUGUUGGAGCAGUUUUGCAGCCAAGGUACCACCCUGGAGCUUCCCUGAGUUUUGCUUAUGUCUUUAUUUCUUUUAAGUGGCAAUUGCCGCAGGAAGAGCCCAGAGGAGGUUCAGCACAGUCAACACGAUCAUUUCGUAACGUGGGAGUCUGAUCUCACCCGUAAGGUGGAGGAGUUUCACCUGGGAUGAUGCUGGGCUGAUGCAGGGCCGGACUCGCGGCUGCUGGGCAAGGUACACUGAUGGGGGAGAGCAGGACCAGGUGGGCACCAAAACCAGCACCAAUCCCCCUCCGAGCAUCUGCAGCAUCCCAGCACUGAGCCUCCAUCCCCGGGGUGAGGAAUCCCCGUAGUAGGGGCUUUGGCUUCCCACCAGACAAGGCACCUUACAGAGAGAGGCUUUCAGCAGGGAGAAAGGAACAAGAAAUCUGGAAACAUCCUGGAAAUAAAGACCACAGCAUGAACCUAAAAAAGUACUUCAUCCGGGCACUGCACCGCCUGCAGAAGGGCCCCGGCUACACCUACAAGGAGCUGCUGGUCUGGUACUGCGACAACACCAACACGCACGGCCCCAAGCGCAUCAUCAAAGAGGGGCCGAAGAAGCAACUCAUCUGGUUCUUCCUAACUUUGCUCUUUGCGUCUCUGGUCUUCUGGCAGUGGGGAAUCCUCAUCAACACUUACCUCUCCUACAACGUCACUUCGUCUCUCUCUAUUGGCUUUAAGACCAUGAAGUUCCCAGCAGUCACAGUCUGCAAUGCCAACCCUUACAAAUACUCGGAGGUGAAGCCUCUGCUGAAAGAGCUGGACCGGCUCAUCGAUGCGGCACUGGAGAGGAUCCUGCAGCCUACGCCGGGCAACAGCAGCGAGAACAUCUUCCCACCGCUCGACCUGGAGCUCUGGUACCAGAUCCCCCUGGUCCUCAUUGACGAGCACGACAAAGACAACCCUGUCAUCCUGGACAUCUUUGAGACCAUCCAGACCACUGGGGGCAUCCAGACCUCUACAGACACCCCAACCUCUGCAGGCAACGAAAGCUUUGUGGACAUGCCAACCUCUGUGGGCAACGAAAGCUUUGUGGACAUCCCAACCUCUGCAGGCAACAAAAGCUUUGUGGACAUGCCAGCCUCUGCGGGCAACGAAAGGUUUGUGGACAUCCCAGCCUCUGCGGGCAACGAAAGGUUUGUGGACAUCCCAGCCUCUGCGGGCAACGAAAGCUUUGUGGACAUGCCACCCUCUGUGGGCAACGAAAGCUUUGUGGGCAACCACACUGCAGGCAACCACACUGCCACUGCACCGACCCCGGCCAACACCACAUUGGAAGAAAAGAAGUACAAGCUGGCGGUGAAGCUGUGCAGCUACCCCGGCUCCGACAACUGCACCUACAGGAACUUCACCAGCGCGGCGCAGGCGGUGACCGAGUGGUACGUCCUGCAGUCCACCAGCAUCCUCGCCAAAGUGCCCCUGGAGGAGAGAAUCAGGAUGGGCUACCAGGCAGAGGACAUGAUCCUGGCCUGUCUCUAUGGCGCUGAACCCUGCAACUACAAGAAUUUCACCCAGAUCUAUCACCCAGACCAUGGUAACUGCUACAUCUUCAACUGGGGCAUGGAUGAAGAGGCUCUAAAUUCCUCCAACCCGGGAGCCGAAUUUGGGCUGAAGUUAAUCCUGGACAUCAGCCAGCAGGACUACAUCCCUUACCUGUCAUCCGCUGCCGGGGCCAGGCUCAUGCUGCACCAACAGAAGAGCUUCCCCUUCCUGAAGGAUCAGGGCAUCUAUGCAAUGGCCGGGACGGAAACCUCCAUCGGGGUGCUGGUGGAUGAACUGGAACGGAUGGGCUACCCCUACAGCGACUGCACCAUGAACGGGUCUGAUGUCCCUGUGAAAAAUCUCUAUAGCCAAUACAACACCUCCUACUCCAUACAGGCUUGCCUGCGCUCCUGCUUCCAGAAUGACAUGAUUGAAAUCUGUGGAUGCGGUCACUAUAUGUUUCCUUUACCUCCAGGGGUAAAUUACUGCAAUAACGAAGAUUACCCAGGCUGGGCAUAUUGCUAUUCAUUACUGAGGUCAAGCAUAAGGCACAGACAGAUCUGUAUUGACUCUUGUAAGGAAACAUGCAACGACACGCAGUACAAGAUGACCAUCUCCAUGGCAGACUGGCCGUCCGAAGCCUCCGAGGACUGGAUUUUCCAUAUUCUGUCUUAUGAAAGGGAUAUGUCAACAAACGUGACUCUGGACAGGAACGGGAUCAUCAAGUUGAACAUCUACUUCCAGGAGUACAACUACCGCACCAUCUCUGAGUCAGCUGCCACGACGAUCGUGUGGCUGCUGUCGAACCUGGGAGGGCAGUUCGGGUUCUGGAUGGGAGGCUCCGUGCUCUGCCUCAUCGAGUUCGGGGAGAUCAUCAUCGACUCGCUGUGGAUCACCAUCAUCAACAUCAUCAGCUGGUGCAAAGGGCUCAAGCAGAGGCGGGCGCAGGCACGGUACCCAGACGCGCCGCCAACAGUGUCGGAGCUGGUGGAGGCUCACACCAACCUGGGCUUCCAGCACGAGGCCGCGGGGACCCUGCCCAGGGACAGGGACGAGGCGCUGCCCCCCGAGCCCGGCACCCCCCCUCCCAACUACGACUCGCUGCGAGUGCAGCCCCUCGAUGUCCUCAGGCCCGACAGCGACACCGAGACCGAGUGAGCAGCGAGUGCACCCAAUACCCCCGUGCGGGCACGUGCUGAGAGACCCUCCUGUCUGCCACAGCCACGAGGGCACCAAACCACCCCGGCUGCCCUCCCCUCCCCAACUGCUCACCGUGAAAAGCUCUGUCCAAUAAACCUGGCCAUGAACCUCA